CCUAACCAAAGUUUUCUUCUUUUCAAAAAAAUAAAAAUAAAAACUCUGUUCUCUCUCACUCUGUUUCUGUUCUGAAAUCAAUCACUUUCUAUUCAAAAUUCUUUAUUUAAUUCAUAAAACACCUUUUUCAGCUCUAUAAGAUCCCACCAAUUUCUCAACCCAUUUCCCCCUCUUCUCUUUCUCUCUCCUCUCUUUUGCUAAUCUUUGUUCAUAAUUCUGCUCCUCUGUUUCCUCAUUUUUCUGGGUUUUUUUUUUUCUCUUCUAUUAUAUUUCAGGAAUUUCAAGUAUUUUUUUGGAAAUUCUGGAUUUCUGAAAAAUACCUUGAUGCGGAAUACCUGGGUUUUAAUGUUUGAGAUUCAUGUCUCCAAUUCUCAGUGAACUCUAUGUUUCUGGGUUGAUGAUAAAUUCCACAUAUAGGCGCAGGACCCAUCUAGUUCAAUCCUUCUCUGUUGUCUUCCUUUACUGGUUUUACUACAUCUCAUAAUCCUUGCUCAUUUCUCCCCCCUCUAAAUUAGUUUUAGCUGCUAUAAUUACUACUAUAAUCUAUCUUUAUACAGAAAAAUAAUAAUUAUAUAUAUAAAAAUAUACCAAUAUAGUGUGAAAUAAAACUUAAAAUCCCCUGUUUUUCAUCUUCAGAGUAAGGUAUUGACUAGUAGUUUUCUGGGUCCUGCUAUAGUAAAAGUUAAUUUUCUGUGUGUUACUCAAAAUAUUAAAUUUGUUGAAAAUGGCUUCACCUGGGGGUGGUACAUCUUCUGGGACAUCAUCACUGCAGCAGAAUUCGAGCUCGGAGGAGGAGAUGCAGAUGCAGAUAAUGGAUGAAAGGAAGAGGAAGAGGAUGCAGUCGAACCGCGAAUCGGCAAGGAGGUCAAGGAUGAGGAAGCAACAGCAUUUGGAUGAUCUCAUGACUCAAGCUUCCAAUGUGAGAAAAACCAACCACCAGCUCUUGAACAACAUAAACAUCACCACCCAACAGUACUUGAAAAUUGAAUCAGAAAAUUAUGUACUCAGAGCUCAAAUGUCAGAACUCAGCAGCAGGUUACAGUCUCUGAAUGAGAUUAUCAGUGCACUCAAUUCCUGCAACAACAAACAAAAUCUGGGGAUUUAUGGAGGUGGUGAUGAUCAAGGAGAAGGGAUCUUUCCCACAAUUAUUCCAGAGCCAUUUACAACUGACAGCUUUCUGAUGAACCCAUGGGAUUCUGCUACCUACUCAAAUCAGCCAAUCAUGGCUUCAGCUAACAUGUUCCAGUAUUAAUGGGCAUGUUGAUUACUCUUAGGAGAGGAGAAAUUAGGGAGGAUUUUUACCUUUUGAGGAUGUUAAUUAAGAGGGGGAUAAUGAUAAUGAUAAUCCUACUAAUUUUCUUUUUUAUUUUGGGGUUUUCUGGGGAGGGCAGAUAUUCAAUAAGUAGAUUUUACUACAGGGGAAAAAGGGUACAUGGGUUAAUUUGUGGUCUUUUCUGUAAAUGAAUUAAUGCAAGUUUGGCAAUUAGUGUCCCAUCUGCAGCAAUGAUAUAUGUACAAUCUUGCAUGUCAUAUCUUCAAGAAUUUUAUUUAUUUAAA